AUGUCUCGAUUAGACCAACAAUCAACAAUUGAUCCUCGAAAUCCACGCUGUCGUCAAUGCGACACGAUGACAUCCGUUUAUUGGCGUGUACCAGCUCGCGAUAUACUUCUUUGUAAUAAUUGUUUUUUGCAAGAUUCAAGAACUUCGAAUCAAUUCUGUAAAUUAAAACGUAUCGAUACAAAUAUUGAAGAUUUACCAACAUUUGAAAAUCGUUUUCAAUUCUCAAAUCAAAUCAAUAAAGAUGAACAAUUAGUUUCAUCAUCGUCUUCGUCAUCUUCAUCAACUAUUACAAAGUCCAAACGGUUCAAAAUCAUUGAACCUAUUAAAUCACAAAUUCCAGUUAAAAUUUCCACAAGACAACAACCAGCAUUUCGCUCUAAUAGAAAAACUCUCGCAUUUAAGUCUAAAAAACCUGAAAAAUGUUUAUCUCAAUCCACAACGUUCAAACUAUACGAUGUUUUAUAUUCAAAAGGACGUCGUUUUGAAGUCGGUGAUAUUGUAUAUUUAAUCGAUGCAAAUUUCUCAUGUUUUUAUGCCCAGAUUCGCGCUUUAUUUCAAGAUGAACAUGUAAAUGCCUUUGCUUUUCUUACAUGGUUAUUACCAACAACGAAUAAAACAUCGACAAAUAAUUUUCAAUUUGAUCCAAAUGCUUACUCGAUUGGACCUAACGAAGAGUAUCCACGCUCAUUAAGUUCACUUUCAUUUGUUUGUCAUGCGCCAUCAGAUUAUUUUCAAGUCAAAACCUAUCCACAAUCAGCAACAACAGAUAACAAACGAUCGUUCAAUUAUACUUGGACACAAGUUUUCGAUAAUAAUAACGAAAAUGAUUAUUCUUCGACAUCAUCACCAAUGAAACGACGACGUUUUGUUUGA